AAUCAAAGUGACAUAUUAAAACAUGAAAUCAUAAACAAAUAACACAAAAAAUCAAAUAUUUCAAUAAAAUACCAUUAGAACAAAAAAUUUUAGUUACCAGUUGUGGCACAUGUAACAAGAAACACAUUUUCAAAUAAAUAUUUGUAUAUUAUACUAUGAGCCCAAAACGACAUAAACCUAGAUCCCUCGAUAGAGAUUCUUACAGAGAUCAAAUUGGUGUACAAAACAGCAGGUCUAGAUCAGAACCACAAAGAAACGGCACAAGCAGUUACCCUCCUACAGAAACAUACACCACAGCUGUGGAAACCAUCUACAAAUCGACGAAUUAUUACAAGAGGAAUAUGCGGUCUUCCAGAUUUUUAUUCCAAACUUCUAGGUCCCACAGCGGAAGAAACACUGUUAGUGGGAUUCAAAACCUUUCUUAAAAUGGGUUUAGCUUGCAAUUCGGAUAGUGAGCAAGGAGAUUAUACAAUAUCGACAUCUGUAAUAAGUGAAGGUUCUGGAAUAUUUACGGAGAACGAACAAGACUGUUUAGAAACAAAUGACGAAAAUGUUUCAAAACUGAAUAAUAUCUCCAUAGGAACUUCCAUUUCUGACAGAUACAAAAGGGAACUCGAUUACGAUGAUACAAAGCCAUCCAAAAAAUCUAAUGACGUUGAUAGCGAUCAAGAAAAAACUAUUAUUUCAGACCCAAAAAAAUAUAUAAAAGAAGAAUCAGACCCUACAAGUGUUGGACUUAAAGAAAUUCCACAGACAUUAGAAAAAAAUUCGGAUAUCAAAUCUGAUAGUAAAAAUGGAUCUCAACUUUCAAAAACUGUCGAUCAAACAAAUGAUAAAUUAGACAAGAAUAAAAAUAUAAUAAAUGGAGCCUUUUACGAUGAUGAUGAAUCUAAGAAACGUGUAGAAGAUUCGAAAAAACAACUGGAUUCCAAUAAAAUUGAAUCGAAAAUGGAAGAUAGUAAUGAGACAGAAAAUAAAAAAACUAGCGAGAAAAUCGCAUCGACUGACAGUGUACCUAGGAUAUCUUUAAAUUCUAAAGAACCAUCGCCAGAAGUUAGUAUAACUAUAUUAAUAGAAAAACCGGAAUCAAAAACAAAGAAAUCAUCAAUAAUUACCAAAGAAGAAAUAAAAGAUAUAAAGUUGGAGGAGAUAAAAGAAGAAGGUGACGAGAAUGUUCAGGAAGAUAAGGGUAUUAAACAAGAACGUGUCGAUGAAACAAGUGAUAGAAAAUCAAAAUCAUCUUCCAUAGACUCAUCUGUAUAUAAACGAACUGCGUCCAAAGAAAAAGAAGAAACUCAGUCAACGGAAUCAGCUACUUCUAAUUUGAGUCAAAACAAACCAAAAUCAGUUUCAGUAGAGCUUGAAACAAGUGAGAGAAAAUCAAAAUCAUCUUCCAUAGGAUCAUCUGAAUACAAACCAACUGUGCCCAAAGAGAAAGAAGAAACUCAGUCAAUACAAUCAGCUAUUUCUAAUUUGAGCCAUAAAAAAUCAAAAUCAGUUUCAAUAGAGCUAUAUGAAGUCCAACCAACAACGCCCGAAGAGCUAAGCAUAGCUCAGUCAAAGAAACAAGUUACUGAAGAAUCUGCCGCAUCAAUUACUCCUUCAGUUCAAGUAAAUAGUAAAGAGGACAGCAAAGCCGUGGCAAAAGAUAAGGUCAAACAAGAACUGAGUGAACGCGUGUCUAAACAACGCAAUGAAAUUCCCAGUAAAGUAUCAACGAAAUAUAUUUUGGAACCAUCACCAGGUAAAAUAAGUAGCCAAUCAAACAACAUUUCAAAGUUAGCUCUAAGUGAAGCACUAAAGAAGUUGUAUAGUUGCCAUUCAAAACAACAAGGUUAUCCAGAAUGUCGUCCACAGAAUGUAAAACAAUCUUUGAAAAUUCAACACAUACAAUCGAGAAAAUUUCCCCCAUCUCAAAGUUCACUAAAAGUUGAGGUUAGUAAAAAGUCGACAGUUUGUUCGCAAAAGUCAAUCAAAAGUCAAAAUGUUUCGAAGAUGUCAAAUGAGUUGACUCCCAAUAUUCCAGAAGAAGAUGAGGAACAGGACGAAAUAUCUGAAACCUAUGAUCGAUCGGACGAAUCCGACGAAUCAUUGGAAGAUGUACAGGGUAAAUCAUCAACACUAGCACAUAGACGAGCAGCGAUUUCAAAAGAACCACUCACAAAUUCGUCAAGGUCCGAAGCAGAAAGAUCUUUAGAAGGAAAUUUAGGUUCAAGAGAAAAAAAGAUGUAUUCAAGCACGCAAUCAACAAGUGAAAAUCCGGAAGCAUCAUUAACGGAUUCUAAGAAAAGUAGUGUUAGUUGGAGCAGUCAGCAAUCACAAAGUUUUGUUUCCGGCAAAAUAUCACCUAAAGGGGGGACGUCAUUUGAAUCUAAAAGAUCAGACAACUCAGAUAUUAAAGAACCAUCCAGGUAUUCCUCAAAGAGAUCACAUGAUGACAGGUCAAGUGUUGUAUCACAAGAAUCUAAAACUUCGGGUUAUUCAAACUCUAAAAGAGUAUUUAGUGACGGUCUUAAACUUAAAGUCUCACAAGAGACCAUAGAAGAGGUCUCAGAAAAAUCAGAAAGGUCUGACGACAAGUCUGAAUCUGAGAUAAUUUACAAAACUGAGGGAAGCUUUGAAACUGGGAAAAAAGAUCAAUCUAAAUCAUUUAUUUCGGUCAAGAUUUCCGAAGAAACGGAAUCGGAAGCAUCCGAAGAAACGGAUAAGUCAGACAAAUCUAUCCAAUAUGAAACGCCAGAAGAUCUCCAAAAAUCUGAGGCUCCUGGAUAUAAAGGAAAAAAAUCAAAAAAGAGUCCUAGUGGUGUUAGACAAUCCAAAAAGUUUAAAUCAGGGAAACGUGAAAUUUUGGUGGAAGUUACAGAAGAAUCUGAAGGGUCUAUUAUUUCGGUAAAAUCUGAUAAAAGUAAACGAUCUAAAGGUAAAUUAGAUAAAAAGCCAUCACCUGUGCUUCAACUUACAAAACCGGUCCGUGAUAAGAGCUCUUCGACAAGUUCCAUUCUAAAAACAUCCUCUAGCUCAGAUAAAUCAGAUACUUACACAUGUACCUGCAAUCUACAAACCGGCAUCAACGUGUGUCAAUGUGGAGACGCCAGAAUCCAGACUGACUGUAAUUGUUCUGGUCAGAUUAAAAGUACGGAACUGGAAAAAGUAAUUCCAAUACAGUGUCCAUAUAUAAAACCUUGUAUUAAAACCGCGGAACAAGCAGCAAAGGGAGUAUGUUCCCGUUGCAAAAAUUCCUUACCUGAAGAAAGCACUAUUGAAGAACAUAAGCAGAAGAAACUUUGUUUUGAUUGUUAUACUAGCACUUCAUCUAGCACAGCCUCGGAUUCAAAUUCUAAAUGGAGGAAAAACAUGAGUAGAGCUUAUACCAAGGGACAAGUGAGAUAUGCGAUCACGAAAAUUACUGAAUACGGACAAUUUACCACCUUCGAAAUAAUGAAAAGCACGAGAAAAGUUCCAAAGUUUAUGCCCACUGCCUUGGAAGGAGUCUUUGUACUCAAACGUAAAGUGUGAUCUUAAUAAGUGUAAAAAUUAUUACCAUAUUCAUGAUUUUAUUAAAUUUUUAAAUUCAA